AUGAAGUUACUGGGGGUGCUCGCCUUUGGCGCGCUCCAGCUGCCGCUCGCAGUGGCCAUGCGCGCGUCCUUGGGCGUCAAGGAAUCGCUGCUGGCCGAGAGCAGAGAGCGCACCGUGUCGUUCGAUGCGCUGCCCUUCGACCUGCCGAGCUCCAUGCUGAUCUCCGAGGGGGUGGCCGCUCAAGCUCUGAGGAACAGCGACUACUACUCGGACGACGGUCACAUCGCGUGCACGGAGUCGGAGGAAACCACGGAUGGCAACGGCCAAGUCACCGUGGUGCUGGCCUUCUCCAAGUGUCUGAACGACACGGCCCUCGACAUCGUGGAGCAGUGGGUGAACCAAGUCAAGACGAGCCUCACCACGAGUCCCUACGGGGGCGACCUCUCCAUCACGUUCCAGUCGACGAUGGUGCCCGGCGCGUGCGAGGAGCGCAGCGAGAAGAACAAGCGGGGCGUUGAAGACCCGGCCAUGGAGAACCAAGGCGGGGCUGCUGGGGGAUACCCAAGCGGGCAAAUGAGCCAGCCACCCAUGCUGCUGGCCAGCCAGGUGCAGCCGAGCGACCUCCAGCGUCUGGAGGCGUUCCCUGGCUUCGGCCCCGUCAUCAACUUGGCCGACGAAGACGUGACCCUGACCUCGAAGCCCAUUGCGGUCGUCUCCUUCGUGACGGGGGAGGUGUCGUACGGCGAGGUGAUGCAGUUUGAGUCCAGCGCGCACGUGUCCAAGACGUUCAACUUCCAGAUCUGUAACACCGGCGCUAACUGCGAGGGCACGUUCGAGAACUGCAUCCACCUGGAGGAGACGGUGGAUCUCUUCAUGUACAACCCGUUCACGGUGACUCGAUCCCUGCACUGCUCCAACCUGGACGGGGGCGUCCCCGUGACGUACCUGAACUCGACCGGCGGCCGUCAGUGCUUCUGCAACUGCCCUGCCGGCUACGAGCUCGGCGAGAACGAGUACGGCAACCCCGCGUGCAAGAAGGUGGUGGAGGAGCCGUGCCCCUGCGUCUGGGCCGAGUGCAACGGGUUCAAGCACAAGGUGCAGACCGACGAGGAGGUGUGCUUGUUCAAGGGCGUGGCCACCAACUGGGGGCUGCCAGUGCCGUUCCCAAGCGACGGCUACGUCGCCGAUAAGCGCGACAACAUCGUCGAGGGAUACCUGAACCCGCGCAUCGAGUUGACUGCCGAGCGAGAGCACAAGCGCGAGUUCAGCGCGCACGAUAUCCAGGGCAAUGGCAUGACUUUCCCGCCAACGUUUGCGGAGCUGGUGCGCACGAACCCCAAGGCCUCCAACUCGAAUCCGGUGGUGGCGGCUGGGCCGGCCACGACAACGUACGACAAGGUGAUCACGUGGAAGGACUACCAGAUGAACCGCGACGCAAAGAUCGACGACAUUAAGUUCUCAUCCUUCGGCAAGUACAGCCUCGAGGUGAGCGCGUACGACUACUUUUCGAGCGCGACAUGCUCGGGCUGUCUCGUCAUCGUGGACUACAACCGCCCCAAGGCCACGACGCCGUGCCCCGAGAGUUUCUGUGACGACCUCGCUGACCCCGUUCACUGCUCGGACUCGGCCGAGCUCACGGACGCGAACCUGGACAAGGCCAGCGCGCUCGCCACGCAGUACUUCGACUUCGCCAAGAAGGCUACCAACGACGCGUGCAGUGUGGACAACCGGUGCGACUCCGAGUCGUUCAGCCGACGCGACUUCUUCGACAAGGACUACAAGAACCGGGGCUGUGGCCAGGCCAGCGAGUGCUUCGACAAGAGCAAAGUGCUGGACGAUCUACUGAACAACGACAAAGUGAAGAAGAACCCGUUGGUGAAGGGCGGCGACCGCCGAGGUGGCCCCAGAGGCGCCAACAAUGACCACGCGGAAUGCGACAACACGGCGGAGCCUGUGCCCGCUGGUCAGUGCACGAGGUGCUGCAAGAUGGAGACGGCGCUCAAGGAGUGGUGGACGGACUACCGCUGCGGCUCGGACUUUGACGUGCGCUCCUGUGACGGCGACAUCGACCAGAAGUGCUCGUUCAAGCAGUGCCUCGUCAUGAACGGCGACACGAUGGCGACCGUAACUGCCUGUAUCACCGAGGCUGCCAAGGCCGAGUCCGAAUCGGUGCUCGCUGAAGUGGAGGACCAGGCGUACCAGACCGUGACCCAAAUCCACCGCUCGCUCGACUGUACUGCGUUCGGUGCGACCGACGGCGACUGCGAGUUCCGCUCCAAGCUCUCGGAGCUCAUCGAAACGACGGAGCAGCUCAACGUUGCGCCCUCGUACGGCAACGCCGAGGCCACGGACUACGUGUACUGGCGCUUCAAGAUCGUCUCGGAGGGCGAGUCGUGGCAGCUCUGGAAGACCGACAGGCACUCGUCCUAUGGCGAGAUCGAGUACGAGAACGACGACGUCUUGACCUUCUCCAACCCGGAGACCAAGAUCGUGCUGGAGGCGUGGACGCAGUGCGGCCUGGUGCGUCGCUUCUUCUUCUACGUCCACCUACACGUCAACAGUCCCGUGAGCGUGUGCGAGAAGUUCAACGACAUGUGGUACCAGACGUCCGUGUCCAGGCUGCCGAUCGGCCCCGGCAUGUGCGCGUACCCGGGCAGCGAUUUUGCCGAGCUGACCUUCGACUUCCACCCGAACGCCGGCCUGCUCUAUUCUCGCGACGAGCUGCGCAUGAAGGUCUCGAAGGUCGAGUGCACGGGUGCGCUGGAAGGCCGCACCCCCGCGACGAUCCUGAGUGUGACGGAGAAGUCUCCCGAAAUCGUCACUCGGUUCGCCGUCACGAUGCUCAACAAGGCCAACACCGAAGCUGCCACGGGCUUCCACGUGGAGUGCGCGUUCACUUACAAGCUGUUCAGCGGAAAUGACCGCACGGAGACGUGCAUGCGCGACUUCUCCAUUUCGGACUGCAAGGGCCCGACGUUCGACACCCCCGACUCCAAGUGCGAGUACGACGCGUGCGCUGGCGACGACCAGGCCGGACUGUACGAAGCGUGCGGAGGGAUCGUUGUCAAGGCCGACGACAAGUGCACGAUCGUCGAGACGGGCGAGAAGCCGUGCUGCCAGGGCUGCGGUGACACGGAGGUCACGUGCACGGCGCUGCUCGACCUGCCCAACGACAAGGCCGACAUCAUGCGUUGCGAGCCGAACUCCGAGGGCGCCUACUCAAGCAGCGACUACGGCUACGACGCGGCGGUGCUGCUCACUGCGACUGCCCAGGAGCACCCGGCCGCCACGGCCUUGCUCGGUGUCACGGCGUUGGUUGCCGUGGUGGCGCUCGUUGUGGUUCGUCGUCGCGUGGUGGCCUCGCAGUCUUCUCAGCUGGUCGAUGACGCCUACUACCCGUUGCUGCGCUAG